GAAAAUGGCACUUUUAGAGACAGAUAGAGAGAAUGAGAGAGUUGAGGAUGGAGUACUACCUAGAUCAGACUUGGAUGAGGACUACAUUCAAGAAUUAUCCAGUCAGAGGAUUUUAUACAAGAAGUGAGAGAAAAUUCCAAAAGCUAAUUUUCAUCGUCCUCCUUCCCUCACCAACACGCAUUCUCCUUUUAAAGUAAUGAAUCAAGAAAAGCCAAACUCCAAAGAAAAUUGAAACUUAGCAUUAAUGCCUGAUACUCCUGAGGAGAUGCUUUCGCACUCUAAAUUAGAAAUGGAGGAAAAUACUAUAGAGAGGCAUCAAGAAAUCUCCAACCUGUUCAGAAAUAGGAUUAAAUGUAAUGAGAGACGUAGCAGAGCUCAGAAAAUACAAGUUAUAAGGACCGUUGAGACUCCUAAAGAGUUAACAAGUAAUGGAGACACUAAAACAAGAUUCUCUCCUGAUAAGUCGCAUCUGUACUGAAACAAAUUAUCUUCUAUCAGAAAAUCAACCAACAAAUAUUCAAUGGUCAGCCUUAGAAACUCUAAAAACUCAAACAGAAAAUCAAGGAAUAAAAAUAAAGAUUACUCAGUAAAUGCAUCAUUCUUCUCCAAACUUUUGGAUUCUUCAAAAGAGCGCCAACCAAGCCAAAAUGCGUUUGAAAUAAGAGACAAGCAAUAUGUUGGAAAGAUCAUUAAUAGGUACUUUAAACAAGUAAAAGGUUGAACCUUCAAACCGGACACUAGCUUAUCCAAAAACUACAAAUAUCAGCCAAAAACAGCCAGGAAUAUUUUUAAAAAGGAGGUAAAGACCAAGAAAAAGCUUAAGAAAAGGUCAACUAGAAAAUAUCUUAAUAAGUUCCCUGCUGGUGGUAGCCAAAUUUCUACUCAAAAAUCAAACUCAGAAUUUGAUCGAAUUCAAGGCAAUACGAAUAAUUGUGAUAAAAGAACUGUAAAUGCCACCGAAGGAAUUCAAGUGGAUGUUUCAUUCAACAAUACUACUGAGAGUGAUCAUGGGAGGGGAAAGAACAAUGCUAAACUCAUCAGUGGUGAGGAUUCCUGGAAGGAAUCCUCACCACGGAUGGAUAAGAUAGUUAACAUCCCUUCGGUGAACUCUUCGUUCUCAGUUCUUUGUAAUAAAAUUACCGACUAUGAUUUCAGAACUCUCGAAGCUAUGGAUAAUGUAAUGAAAUCUCCAGAGAAAAGCUUCAAUGUGUUUGAUCCUGAUGUAGAUAUACCUAGUCAGUCCUCUCCAUCUUCAGCAGAGGAUGGCAUAUCCUCUACUCCGAAGGAAAGUAUCAAAUGAUGCUGGAAGGAAAGCUAA